CUAUGUAGGCCUACUGCUGUUUACGUUUCGGUUUUACACACAAACGGGACAGUACAUGUGGCAGAAGGUCGACCGUGACAGAACCUCAAAGGUCCCAGUCCCUGGGUAUUAAAAAAGGAAGUGAAUUUGCCUUGUGAAUUGAUUGCAUACGCACACUACAGUGUAGUUCUGUGCUGUUGGGACUGCAGUGAUCUUUGUAGCAGGAUGGGCUUCAGCGAAUCAUUUGCAGUUCUGUGUGUGACGGUUGCUACACUGGGCAUCACGUCCAGUAUCGUGGCCUUGGUGGUCCUUUUUAUCCAGAAAUGGAAGCUGGAGAAAAAGUUGGCAGCAUUUCCGACAGCCCCCGACAAGCACUGGCUACUGGGUAAUCUUCACAAGGUUACUUUUGAUGAGAAGGAAGUCGAGUGGGGAAGAAAGGUUGUGGAGAAAUGUAUUACCGCCUCCGUGGUAUGGGCGGGACCGUUUCUCCCAAUCGUUAUCCUGCACCACCCAGACACAGUCAAAGCUGUCCUCAGCACAGGAGAACCAAAGGCAGAAAACUUAUACUCUUAUAUACGUCCCUGGAUUGGAGACGGGCUGCUCUUAUCAGCUGGGAAGAAAUGGGCAAGGAACAGACGCUUACUGACACCCGGCUUCCACUUUGACAUUUUGAAGCCAUACUUGGACAUCUUUCAACAGUCUGGCAACAUACUUGUGGAGAAGUGGAAGGUAGCCUGUGGUGGUAAGAAGACUUCAAUGGAGAUGUUCAGUAACAUGAGCCUGUUGACAUUGGACAGCCUCCUCAGGUGUAUAUUCAGUGUGGAGACCAACUGCCAAACGGUUGAAAAUCACCCCUACAUCAAGGGCAUCUAUGACGUCUCCACCUUGGCUGUUGAACGUUUUCGCUUCCUUCCAUACCACAUUGACACAAUCUACCAGUGGAGUCCCAGUGGGCGACGUUUCCGCCAUGCUUGCGAUACGGUCCACAACUAUGCGCGAGAUAUCAUCAAGAAGCGCAAGGGAGCACUGAAAGAAGAGGCAGUCAACGGGCAAACAAGGCAGAGGAAAUACAUCGACUUCUUGGACAUUCUGCUCUGCGCUAAAGACAGUGAUGGUCAAGGACUAACUGACCAGGAAAUCUAUGACGAAGUGGACACGUUCAUGUUUGAAGGGCACGACACGACAGCAUCAGGCCUGUCUUGGUUCCUGUAUGACAUGGCCCGGCUGCCAGAAUUCCAGCAGAAGUGCCAAGAGGAAAUUGAUGACCUCCUAGCGGGCAGAGAAGAUGACCGACUGGAAUGGGAUGAUCUGAAUAAUAUGCCCUACCUGACCAAGUGUCUGAAGGAGAGCCUGCGUGUGCAUUCUCCCGUCCCCAAUGUUAUACGUACGUUGACCCGACCUGUAACCUUUCCCGAUGGCAGGAAGUUGCCGAAAGGAACCUUUGUAUGUGUCACAAUCGGUGGGCUACACAACAACCCGCAUGUGUGGGACGACCCCGAAACCUUUGACCCCGAGAGGUUUUCACCAGAGCGGGCCAAGAACAUUCCUCCCUUUGCCUAUGUGCCCUUCUCGGCCGGACCAAGGAACUGCAUCGGUCAGCACUUUGCCAUGAAUGAGAUGAAGAUCAUAUCUGCUAUGAUCCUUCGCAACUUCCACUUGUCUGUCGAUGAGUCUGUCCCGGUGCUCCGAAUCAAUGCACUGGUCCUGCGAAGUGAAAAUGGCAUUCAUCUGCACAUCACACCACGCCAAUUCUAAAAUGAAAAAUAUUCCCUCGUCCGUAACUGGCUCUUCUGUGACCAACCCUCCUUGAAGAUGUGAAUGGCACAUCACCAGCCAUAGAUUUAUUUAGUUUUGUUUGGUUUAUUUACAUCACAAUAAGUACAUGUAUACAAGGAGGCAUAGUUACAUAGAGACUGAAUAGGGGUUGAUGAAUGCCAGAUACCAGAAAGCAAACACUUGUAUAUGGCCUGGUUCCUUAUUUGUCACAAUAAUAUACAUGUGCAUGUAUGUGCAAUUAUGAGAGAAAAAAGUAAAUAAUUGAAGGUACAGCUGGACUCCAAAAUUAACCAGGAUAUUAAACUCACUGCAAUAUGAUAACUUCAUAGGAAUGAAGACAAAUGCAACUGCUUAAAUAUUAACAAAUAUGAAUGUACAAAGAGGAUUGUGACGUGUACUGAAUAAAAUACAGGAUAAAUAGACUAUGUUACGCCAAAAAGGAAAAUAUUCUUCAAUGGCCUCUGCUGCUGUCCACCAGGGGACUUCCUUCGGUUGACAAGAAAAAGGGGAUGUACCUUGGGUAGGGCCAGGCCUCAUCAAUCCAACGUGCAGCCUGAUAAGAAGGCAAGGGGAGCGGACUCAUUGCGGGGCAGUCUACCACCAGGCUCUGGGGUACACACUCAUGCGUACACAUGCACACCUCUCACGAACACAUUCAAAGGGGAAAGGACUCUCCCAUUGAAUAAGUCAGACAAAAGGAAUUUGGGGUCAUGGCUGAAGCUUUAUGGACUGAAUGCCUCUUUAAUGAUUAGGUGCAAGAUCCAGUAUGUAGCAAGUGUCUACUUGAAACUUUAGUCAAAGACUGGAUUCCUUCCUGCCUCUGGCACACAACUGUCACCUUUCUCAAAGUCACACAUACAAGCACACCUGCAGAGCACCACAGAAAAGACCCGAGGACAGCACUACUGGUGAGACAUCAACUGACAGCACUCCUGAUGAAAGACUACACCCCACGUGCGCCAUGCCACACAGUUAUACACCUGCGACAGACAUACCAACUACCUGUGCAUACACAUGCACUGUUCAACGGACCAGCGUGUACCAGCUACCCAAGUUACAUAAAAAAAACUUCCCCUGCAGUAUGGAGGCUUUGGAUAAUAGCCAUGUUGCAGGGUAGUUUUGUUCCUCACGGAAACCGUUUUGCAUACUGUGUUGAACAAAAGCACUGGCCAGCAUGAUGCCAACCAUACAGAUGCUCUAUUGGAAUUAUUUAUCCCAGGACAAAGGGACUUCAUGUCAAAUUGUUUUAAGAAAUACAGUAGAUUGUGCCUUUUGCAAUGUGAAGCAUGGAUUCUGACCUUGUAUUAUGAACAUAGACCUCUGUAUUUUUCUGAAACAAUAAUUUCAAGGGGCAGAAGAUUUUAAACAUGAAGAUACCCAGGUGAUAAGUUGAAAAUUGAGAGGGUGUUCUGGUGGUCUCUAGAGCAAGACUUUGUGAUAACCCGUGGCAUUUUUUUGUAAUAGUAUUGAUGUAUUCAAUGAGGUUAACUGAUAUGCAUAUAUUACCCUUGACUCACAAUCCAUACUGAAGAUGGGACAGAGUUCGUGUUUUAUGGUUGAAAAACAGUACAUUUAAAGCAGUUUAACAAGCACAAAUCAAUGCAAUUUACAUGAGUUAAAUUUUCUGGCUGAUUAAAGCGAUAACUGUGUAUUAAGGUUCAAUAACUUCUUUACUCUGAAAACUAGGAGUAUUUUAUUAAAAAAUUCAUUUUUUAAAGGUUUGAAGUUAAAACAAAAUAAGGAAAUACUUGGUAUUGAAUCAUGAUUAUAUCUGAUAAUCAUUGCUUGCAUUUAGUUAUAAUUUUAACUUUUACUUCUUAUUCAUUACUUAAUCAAAAGUCGCAGGCCUGUAUGUUAUUGUUAUUAUACCCAGCUGCCCUGUGCACUGACACUUUGCAUUUAUUGGUCAGUGUCAUGUGCUUGAAAGUCAUAAUUAUCAGAUAUGUCAUAAAUGUGACGUAAUACUUAGUCACACUUUUGAGGUACACUGUAUAUGUCACAAUUAUGACUUUGCCUACUUUAAAAAAUCAUUAUGUCCCAGCCUUAAUCCUUCCUAGCUUGUUAACAGCUUCUUAGCUUCUUAGCAAACUUGAAGACAUGUAUCACAUUGGAAACAAACUUUUUGGGUCAUGAUUUUGCUUUGUGAUUGCUGAUAAGCCAUUGGAAGGAAGAGUUGGUAAUGUCCAUCCAUUUAUGGAAGUUUUUCCCCUCAUAUUCUUUUUGUUAUUUGCGGCUUUGGAGGAUUUUUAAGGAAACAAAUUUGCUUAUUAGGUCAGAAUUCUGUCUUGUGAAUGCAAACUCACAAUAGCAAUGUAAGCACAGAAGAUUUGUUGCCGUAAAACUUCCUGAGUCCCCCAAAACACUCAUUUUGCAUUUUCAGUAGCUAAUAUUCUGGCAUAAAAAAUAACACAAAUUCGGACCAGUUUGUGGUCCAAUGUCGACCAUCUCCACUGCCUUAUAGCAAAUACCACUGGGGGGGGGAGAUUUGGCAAAAGACCUUGGACUGGAGCACUUCAUCAUGGGGAAAUGAAGAUGGGCAUUCAACCCAGGUUAAAUAAAAAACCUUCAAAUUAACACCCACCCGUUCUUAAUUUUUCAGGAGAUUUUUUUCUAGACAUACUAGAAAAUUAUUGUAGUCCACUACAGAUUUCUUUCCUUAGCAUGAUCGUGCUGUCAAAGUUCGAUAACAAAUGUCAACAAGUGCUGAGCAAAUGUCAGUGACUGCCAGAUACACUUCAAUUUUAGCAGCAGUGGUAACAGUCACAGAUUAACCAUUGCGUCACCAGUAUUUGGGUGCACAAUUUGGCAUUGACAGAUAUUCCUUCAUAUGUGUUCCCAAAGGUCAUCAGGCCUGCCGGUGUCUGUUUACAUACAAUAGAGUUACACUUUUACCUAGUUCACAGUAUGAACUGUACCCCUGACAUUUAUUCUAAAAUUCAUUUCUUCAAGGCUGAAAUUAAAAAAAAUAAAUAAAUAAAAAUUAAGGAAAAACUUAGUAUUAAAUCAUGAUUAUGAAUUUUAUCUGAUAAUCAUUGCUUGCAUUUAGUUAUAAUUUUAACUUCUUAUUCAUUACUUAGUUAAAAGUCGCAGGCCUUUGUGAUUGCUGAUAAACCAUAUUUGUUCCAGUUUGUGGUCCAAAGUUGACCAUCUCCAAUACCACCGGGGGGAGGGGGAGGGCGAAAAGACCCUGGACUGGAGCACUUCCUCAUGGGGGAAAUGAAGAUGGGCAUUCAACCCCUGUUAUACAAAAACCCUUCAAAUUAACACCCACUCCUUUUUAAUUUUUCAGGAGAUUUUUUUCAAGACAUGCUAGAAAAUUAUUGUAGUCCACUACAGAAUUCUUUCCUUAACCUGAUCGGGCUGUCAAAGUUUGAUAACAAAUGUCAACAAGUGACUGCCCUUGGCAGCAGUGGUAACAGUCACAAUUCAAACCUUGCAUCACCAGAAUUUGUGUACACAUUUUGGCAUUGACAGAUAUUCCUUCAUAUGUGUUCCCAAAGGUCAUCAGGCCUGCCGGUGUCUGUUUACAUACAAUAGAAUUACACUUUUACCUAGUUCACAGUAUGAACUGUACCCCUGACAUUUGUUCUAAAAUUCAUUUCUUCAAGGCUGAAAUUAAAAAAAAUAAAAAAUUAAGGAAAACUUAGUCAUGAUUAUGUGGCCCAGAUAUUUGAAAUUUAUAAUCUUGUAAUCAUUCACAGACCUUCAAUUUUUACCAUUUCAGGGUGGUCUGCCACUUUAAUGUCAAUCAUUUCCCUGGUGGUGGUGGUUGUGGUAUCAGGAACUUUGGAAUUGUAAGGAGCUACUGCUUACUGAGCCAAGUGAUCUCUGUAAUGGGUUUAGUGUGCGAUACAUUUUUUGAAAGUUCUUGUGGCUUUUUGAUCAUCAUAAUCGUCAUCCUUUUUCUCUUUCUUUUCAAGCCAUAGCCCCGCGGGUGUGUGCAAGGGGCUCCCUAUGCUGUAUCCAGAAUACACAAGGCAAAUCUCCUGGCAGCUUGUGUUUUUAUUACACACUUGUCUUGGGGAUACUACAUGUACACCAUGCACUUUCUUUCUUGUGCUUUUCAGUUAGUUUGCAAAAAGGUUUUAACCUUAACCAUGUAAUCUUAAACAUGCAUUAAUGGCUUUGCACUUUUUCAGGAUUUUAUUUGUUGAUGGAAUAUUAGACAGGUUUAAACGUAUAACAACAGAGCCCUAUUCACUUCAGUCUCCUCAUUCUAUUGGCCUCUAGUGUUAAAUGGCAUGAACAAACAUGUCACAUUUUGAUUGCAGUGGUAAUCCCACUUUACAAAAGGAAAAAGCUGAAGCCUCAAUUGAAGUUAUAUUCACAGUGCAUCAUUAUUCACUUAAAGUCUUUACUUUGAAAAGAUAACAUUCCAAGCCUGUACAGUAUUUGAGAGCCAAACAACAAUCUCAUUAUUUAGAUUGACUUUGGCUUUUUUUACAGGGGAUCCUGGCUUCAACUUACAUUUUAUAAGAGGGCCUUGGCCUUGGUCUUAGCCUUUCUCAUAAGGGUUAAGCCUUGGGCUUAGCCUUGAGGCUUGAUGGUCAAAGCCUUGGCCUUGAGGGUCAGAGCCUUGACCUUUGAUAUAGUCUUGGUGUGAGGACCAAAGGUGUUACUCCAACACCGGGUCCAUUAAAGAAUUCUUUUUUAAUGUAAUCAUGCAAUGUUUGAUGUCCGAGAACAAAAAAUUUAAGAAAAAUAAAUAAUUUUUAUGAAGAACAUUA